AAUAAUAUAAUCAGAGACAUGCUUUCAAGGUGGAAGUCACAUCUGGAUUGGCUUGACUCGCUGCUUUACCUGAGGAGGCGGGCUCCAUCAGAAUUCCAAGCUGUGCUUUAGGUUUCCCCCUUCGUCUAGUCUGUGCUUGCAGGAGGCUUUUAACACUCACUGACAAAGCAUCUGCUUGCCUGUGCUGCGAGAUAAAGAAAACGGGGCAGAGGCUGACGGAAAGAACGAAAAAAAAAAGAAUUACGAGAAAAGAAAGAGCAAACUCACGAACGCAUGCAGCUGCAGCCGGUCGCCCAUCUGCUCCAAUUCCAGAUGCAGCCCCGCAUUCCACAGGUCGGACGGACUGGCAGCUCGGCACACGGCGCCUUCUCCGCCUUUUAAGCGGCCCUCGCUACAGCAGUUGGAAUCCCGCUAGUGCUCUGCAGUCAACGCAGGCGUUUUGCUGGCGGACUCCCCUUCACCGGAUGGGGCUUGGAGAUUCAAUGCUGGUACUGAACGGUUAACAGACGAGCGGAACGUGCAGGCGAAAAGGCAGGGAAAAGGGCAAAGCAGAAGAAAGCGGAGAUCGCGAGGAUCAGCCGCAAUGUCCAAGCCGACGCGCUUAGCCAGACCCUCGUCGGCAGGCGCAGCUUCUAAGCUUCCUUCGGCAAGGAAAGAAGAUUUGGGGAGCAGGACGAAAGCAAUCAGCUUAGGCGAAAAGCUCCUGAGGACGGGCAGCGAGGGCAACCUGGUGAAACAGCCACACAAGCAACAGGUGCAGGCGGCGGAGCAAACGGCGGUCAGCAAGAGGACAUCUGUCCCGAAAGAGCCAGCCAAGAGCAAUCUGCGUGUGACCUCAGCAGAGGAUGCUGAUCACCUCCUCAAGAAGCAGGGUGUCGCCAACGGGAGCAGCCGCACUUCAAAUGCCAGAGCAGCCCGUCACAUCCCACGAAGACACACCGUCGGGGGUCCGCGCAGCUCCAAGGAGAUUUUAGGAAUGCAGCCAUCUGAAAUGGACAGGAAGAGGGAGGCCUUUCUGGAGCACUUGAAGCAGAAGUACCCUCACCAUGCGUCUGCCAUCAUGGGUCACCAGGAGAGGCUUCGAGAGCAGACCUUCGCGCAGAUGUUGGCCUCUCUGCGCACAGAGCUCGACAUUCAAGGGUUUUUACUGAAAAUCCUGGCGCCCUUCAGAUCUCGGAGCCCAAAGCACAAAGAGACCCACGGAGAGCCCGCCGAGCCCGUCUCAGCAGAGACCCCUGAAGCCAUGUCCGAGGGGGACGCUCCAGGUCCCUUCACCAGAGGCAGCCGCUCGAGGGCGAGCCUCCCCGUGGUGCGGUCGACCAAUCUGACCAAGGAUAGAUCACUGGGUGUGCUCUACCUUCAGUAUGCAGAUGAAACGAAACAAAUCAGAAUGCCAAAUGAGAUCACGAGUGCUGACACGGUGCGCGCCCUCUUUGUAAGUGCCUUCCCGCAGCAGCUCACCAUGAAGAUGAUGGAGUCUCCCAACGUGGCCGUCUACAUCAAGGAUGACCUGCGCAACAUGUACUACGAGCUGUCUGACGUAAGGAGUAUCACCGAUCAGUCGUGUCUGAAGGUUUACCACAAGGAUCCUGCUCAUGCUUUCAGUUACAAUCACAGGCCUGGCGAUGGAGACCUGAGGAUGCACAGAGAGAGUUUCUCUCCCAGAGAGGCGCCAUAUCCCUUACGUCAAACCCAGGGCCAGCCACCUCUUCAUGGAGUUCAAAGCUCCUUACCUCACCCUGUGGCCCACUCCAUGCCCCCGUCACCAUCUCGGAUUCAAUAUGGGGCGCCCCGUGCCAUGGUCAUGCCAGGCAGUGCCACGAUUCCCAGAGUGCCCCAGGGCAGGUCUGUUUCACCCAGCCCAAGUGCCAUUCUUGAAAGGAGGGACGUAAAGCCCGAUGAAGAUAUGAGCAAUAAAGCGGUUGCACUUUUACGCAAUGAUAGCCUCUACGCUGACCCCUACCUGCUGCAGGAGGCGCGAUUGAGCAUCGCCUCGUCCCAUAGCUGCCACCCAGGGGAUGUGCCUGACCACGUUAUGGGCUACCAUCGGGGAUCGGUCAGGUCUACCGGCUCUUAUUCCAGCUCAACGAUGACCACGGAGAUGAUGGAGCAUCAUGCCGUUUACCGUCAGAAGUCAAGGAAAUACUCUGAUAGCCACUUGCCCACUUUGGGCACCAAAACGCCGCCAGCUUCUCCUCACAGAAUGACUGAUAUGAGGGUAGUGGAGAUGCACGCUGGCCAAAACGCCCAUGUAGUCCCUACAUCUCCUCCUCCUCCGCCACCUCCACAUGGGGUCCAGCUGGACAGGUCAUCUCCCAUCCGCCAAUCCUUCAAGAAGGAGCAAGGGGGUGCCAUGGAGGUCAUGAAAACCCGUAGCAAUAUGGCGUCUCCAGCUCUUCCGGACAACAUGGCAAUGCAAGUGGACAAGCAGCUGAUGGGGCAGGGACCUGCAGCCUCUUCGAAUGAUCCACAGACUCGAGAGAGAAUAAUGGCCAUGGAGAAGCAGAUUGCCAGCUUGACUGGACUUGUGCAGGAUGUUCUCUUCAAAGGGCCAACUACUGGGAGUGGAAAAGAAGUCCUCAGUGAGAAAGCAGCAAAGCCUGUCACUCAAGCUGUCAGCGCCAAUGGAGGCGGAUUUGCCUCAGGAGAAGCAGCGAGCCUCACUACGGUGAAGAGCAGCAUGACAUCAACGGAGUCUGUGACCACCGUCAUUCUCCCACCAGCUGGAGGACCCACAGCUGUCCAAGUUAAUGCGUUUGACUUCAGAAAGAACAUCUCUGACCUCAGGCUGCAGCUGCAGCAGAUGAGACAACUGCAGAUGCAAAACCAGGAAACACUGAGUCUGAUGCUGAAGAAGGCAGAAGCCGAGAUCAACAGCAAAGUGACGGAGGUCGUGAAAAGACUUGAAGACCCCGUGCAGAGGCAGAGGAUGCUGGUCGAGGAAGACAGGCAGAAAUAUCUAGCUGAAGAGGAGAAGAUCAUCCAACAGCUUUGCGAGCUGGAGAAGUAUGUGGAUGACCUGAAGAAAGACUCCACCACCGUCCACAAAGCUGUCACCUUGAAGGACGUGGAGGAUGGCGCCGUGUCGCUGAGGAAGGUCGGGGAAUCGCUGGCAUCCCUAAAAGGAGAGUUCCCCGCCUUACAGAACAGGAUGAGAGGAGUGCUGCGAGUGGAAGUGGACGCUGUCAAGUUUUUGAAGGAGGAGCCCCACAAGCUGGACUGCAUGUUGAAGAGAGUCAAGACGCUGACAGAAAUCCUCACUGAACUGAGACGAUGUUCCACCGAGAAUCUCCUCAAAGGCUCUGAGCCCACACAGGUUUUGACCACCACUUCCACCACCACCGUCCUUGCUGAGAGUUUUGUCAACUUCCCCGAUUCUGAUCCCGCAGGCUCCAAAUAUCUGCAAGUGAAAGAGCAGGUGGCCUUCAUCCAGCCUCAGCCUCAGUCAAGUUCUUCCACAAUCACUCCUGAGCCCCAGACUUCAUCGGUCAAGACGGAGGUGAUGCCAAGCUCCCCCAUGGUGAUCCACCACGUCCAGAGCUCUCCUGUGUUCGUGCAUCAGUCGCAGCACUCAGAGGCCUUGGUGCUUCCAUCUCCGAGUCCUCCGGCCGCACCGGCUCAGUGCCCGGACUUCAGCAUGUUGCUUCAGAAUCAGCAGUAUGUGGAGACCAACACCGUGAUGCAGCAGAAGCACCAGCAAAACUCGGACCCUGCGUCCCUCACUCCUCAAGGGAUGAACAGCAAUGGUUCAGCUAUGCAAAGCCUCUUCAUUGAAGAGAUCCACACCAGUAGAAGCAAGAGCAGAAACCGAGUCAUGUCGAUUGAGGCCGCAGAAAAGGAGUGGGAAGAAAAACGCCAGAAUAUGGGUCAAUAUGAUGGAAAAGAGUUUGAAAAACUCCUUCAGGAGGCCCAGGCCAACAUGAUGAAGGGAAUCCCCAGUCUGGAAGUGAUGGCCGGGGCAUCUGUCCAACCUCCACCUCAGAUUCCCGCUUCCAAUAAUGGAGACGUCACUGACAAGAAAGAAGAGUUUCCAGCAUCAGAGGACGUUCCACUUGCAGCUCCAGUGGAGGAGAAAGCCACGAAAUGCCCACCUCCACCACCGCCACGUCGAAGUUAUCCCCCGGGCUCAGGCUUGACCACAGGUCGGUCAGGAGAGGUCAUCUUCACUGCCAAGAAGGAGAGCGUCACCAUACAGAAAGAGACGCAGGAGGAAGUGGCCAAUGUCCAGUCGUCUCAAACGUCAUGCGAAACUAAAGCCACACAACACGUGGCGCCCCGUGUUAUGGCCUCUGCUCUUCAGGAAGAAGAGGAUGAUGAUGGCGACAAGAUCAUGGCAGAGCUGCAGGUUUUCCAGAAGUGUACUUUUAUGGAUGUAGGGACAAAAAGUAUUGUUGAGCACCCAAGAGUUGAAACCCAAGUGAAAGAGAUAAGGCCCUCUGCCUUAAUGUCGCCCAAAGAAAAGAAGCAGAGCGUGGAAAUACCUGAAGACAAGCAAAGACUCGACAUCGAUGGAAACGAGCUCCUUCGGGACAGCCCAGGGGUGAUUUAUUACGUUACUGCCCAGCUCUCCCCCGAUUAUGCUGCGCAGUACGCAGAAGAGCAAAAGAAGCAACAAGAAUUUUUCCCACAAGUCUCGGCCACGGCUUCGCAAAUCUCCCAAGUGACAGAUUAUGAAACCUCACAAACGGCCGAGAAAUUUGUUGCAAAAAAGUCGGUCGAGCCUUCCGAGUGCGCAUAUGUGGAAAGACAGGUCAGCAACCCCAAUAAGUCUCCUCCAGCCCAGCAUUUUUCUGAUAGGACCAGUCACAAUGUGGUGCAUGCAGAAAGCGAAGACGAAGCGCACAGUGAGAUCCGUAACAAAGUAACAGAAACCGUGAUACAAAUUGUUUCUUGCAGUCCUAGCUUGACGACAGUAGGGACUUCCGAAGCGGUGUCUCAGGAAGAACGACUUUCGUCGACUAAUUUGCAGAAUUCCGCUAGCAUGUCUGAAGAAGGUCCCGAUCGUGCAAAAGCACAUGAAGAAUGGGUCGAAACUACAAAAAGUCAAGUUGUGCUACGGACAAAGGCACCCAAGAUUCGGGUGAAAUACGCCGAAGAAGUGAAUUCCAGUUCCAGCUCUCCUACUGAAGAAAUCCCAAGCCCUUCUGAUAACAUUGCCUUCAUGAUCACCAAUACACAAGUGCAGGCUUUGUCUUGUGGAGAAGUCCAGGAGAUAGUAAGUAAUCAGGGGGAAGAGGUUCAGACCGUGAACGUUGACUCCAACAGAGAGGUGACCAGUCAGAAUUACAGUCAAGACCACCUGGGCAAUGAACAGCCAGUGGUCAGUCUCGACAAGAAACCAGUCAUCAUUAUAUUUGAUGAACCGAUGGAUAUCAAAUCGGCAUACAAGAGGCUCUCGACGAUAUUUGAGUGCGAAGAGGAGCUGGAAAGGUUAAUGGCCGAAGAGAGGAUCGAUGAAGAACCUGAGGAGACCGAUCCUGCUGCCAAGACUGCAACACCGAGGGAUCCCAAAGGAAGCGUGAGCCCUGUAUGGAAAUCUAACGAUAGCCUCACCCUCAGCGAAACGGGCCAAUACUAUACCAGCAAUUUACCGAUAUACGGGGAAGUCCUUGCUGCGGAAUCCAAGUUCGAUGCUUCGGAAGCCAACAAGCAUGACGCCAAGAAAAAAUUUAAAUUUAAAUCCCCAAAAAAGCAAUUGGCCGCUAUUACUCAGGCAAUCCGCACGGGAAUGAAGACGGGCAAAAAGACCUUGCAGGUGGUGGUCUACGAAGAUGAGGAGGAGCUGGACGGGACAGUCAAACAGCACAAGGAAGCCAAGAGAUUUGAAAUUAGCCGGUCCAAAACCAAAGACGAAGACGACGUCUCCGAAACGAGCGCCCAACUCACGUCCGUCGAUUCCCAGUGCCGAACAAAUGAAAUUCGGAAGAAUGCGUACAAAACCUUGGACAGUCUGGAGCAAACGAUUAAGCAACUGGAGACGACGAUCAGUGAAAUGAGCCCUAAAGCCAGGGAAGAACAUGGGAUGGAGGAAGAAUGUAAAACGUAUUUUGUGGCCACGCCCGAGUAUGUGGAGAAGACGACGGAAGAGUCGGACGAUUUCCAUUCAGCCCUGUCGGAGACCCCCGCGGCGUUCCUUUACAAGACGCACACUAAGAAGUCCAAGCAACAAGUGCAGCUGAGAUCCGCUGCAAACACCACCACCACCACCACCAGCAACAGCGAACAGGCCACCAGUGUCAUUUCACCGAGCAGCCGGAUGCCAGUCCCCGUCUCUUCAAAGAGUCGAUCACAGCAAGGAGUGUCGGACAAAUCGGGGAAACAGCAAAAGCUUCAGGACCCCCAGAGGCAGUUCCGACAGGCUAAUGGAAGUGCUAAGAAAGCUGGUGGGGAUUCUAAAUCGGCUUCCCCUGCUUUACCUGCUUCUAAGAUUCCUGCCUUUUCUCCCAGCUCUGGGAAAACCAGCUCUGUGCCGGCUUUUAGCUCAGAUGGCGCUAACCCUACUAAUUCUUCUCCCAGGUCCUCCAUCCCUUCACCUAACCUGCUAAACCCUCAGGCCAGCCGCUCUUCCUCCUGUCCCUCGGCUCCUUCCAAGCACAUCCCCUCUUUGUCUAAUGGCUCUCUGAAGCUUCAGAGUCCCACCCUCUCCGGGAAAGGCCAGAGCCUCUCAUUCUCGGCACAGACACCCAAUGGCCGGCCAAGCCCUUCUUCUCCUAGUUCUUCUUCCUCCUCCUCCUCUUCCUCGCCUUCCCCCAUCUCCCCCACCUCUCUGAGUCAAGGUGGAAAGACCAUCCGGACGAUACACACGCCCAGCUUCAUCAGCUACAGGGCGCAGAACGGGAACAGCAAACCCCUGCCAUCGCCAGCCAAGGACGUGGUGUGAGCGGAGGAGCACAUCGCCGACUCGCCGGCUUCUCGUUUGCCGUUUCCUCAUUUUGGCUUUUGUUUUGUUUUUCUUUGAUUUGCUUUCAUGCUUGGUAACAUCAGUGUGCUUUUAUUUGAUUUUAUAUAGAUAUAUAUAUAUAUUUUUUAUUUUUUACUAACCUUCGCAUAUCUGAUUUUUCAGAUCUCAGUAAGUCUAUUAGUCAACGUGCAGAUUUUUUUUUUUUUUCCCGUUUUGUUAACGUAGGUAUACCGGCGAAUAAUCCAUUGUGUACUCACUCACAUUUACCGACUUUAUCGCUAGUGCUGUUGAAAAGAAAAACAAAAUGGAGUGAAUUUGCGCACGUGCGGUGCGGUGCGUUCAGCCACGGAACGGACUUUUUCUGUUUGUUUUUUUUUUCCCCCCCUGAGAUUGAGUGGGAUUUCAAUCCUUCAGCGCCGACUUCUGCUCGCACGUGUUGUUUCUUAUUUGAACGCACGGCGACUCCCGAGAACAAAGAACGGAUUUUCUGUGGAAGUUGCCAAAGCACUGCCAGAUAUUUUUUGUUGUUGUUUCUUUUUUUUUUUGAGGACUACUGCCAAAGGUAUUUAAACUGAAAACGACGCCAACACGUUUGGAAUUUUACUUUUGAUUAUUAUCAUAUUUUUUUUUAAUUGCAAAAACAAGCACUGUGCAAUUCGGGACUUCGGCGUAUUCAGUAACACAUCCAGGACCUCGCGCCGCCAGAGGAGCUUACUGAGAUCUGCGCGAGUGCAGCGGGCGGCAGUCGGUUCUGGAUCGGUGGGGUAACGCAAGUGGCGCCGACUGUAUAUAGAUGUUCAUAUCAAGCCCACUCUAGUUUUAUUAACAAACCAAAGUUGAUUUCUAUGCAUGCCUUUGAAAUAUUUUAGAAGAGGGGGGACGUCGCUGAUGUAUCGGAGCAAUUCUGUUUGCACACAAGAAGAGAUUUUUGUAAAUACUAUUUUGGUUUUGUAAAUUGUUCAACCUUAUUGUACAAUACAGCACUAUGACAAGCUUGAGAAGCUGCAAAAAAUAAUAAAAAAAAAUGUUAUAAGUUAA